AUGAGUGCAAAGACUCCCGUCGCAGCCAUAUUCGAUGCACUGAAAGGCUCCUGGAGGCUUCGGCGGUCCUUGAACAGCAGCCUUUCGGGCUUUCCUUCCGGCACGUUCGAAGGCGUUGCUACCUUCACGCCGCGAACACCAACAGCACAUUCAUCCGCCGGAGAGCUUGUAUACGCAGAACGAGGGGAGCUCAAAACUGAUAAUGGCUUUACGCUGAAGGCAAAUCGGAAGUAUGUAUACAGAUACAGUGCCGAUGAGGACAAAAUCAGUGCCUGGUUCGUCAAGGAAGACACCAAAGCCGAGGACGGCAAGGAAGAAGUUGAUUAUCUUUUCCAUGAUCUUGAGGUCUCUUCUGAAGCUGGAGCUCUCACUGGCCGAGGCGAACAUCUUUGCCAGCUUGACAUGUACUGGGCUUACUACGAGUUCAGAAUCCCCGAGAGCGGCGAGAUGGAUGUUUUUGGAGUACGCUACAAGGUGAAGGGCCCCGAGAAGGACUACACCAGUGACACCGCGUACGAGAGGACCUUCUCCAGUGAUGUGGCGGUUCUGUGA